GCGAAUCUUUGAUUAAUAAUACAAACGGAAACGCCCCCCACGAACUCUCCACAUCACAGAAGAGGCGAGAAUCAAUGGCGGAACUUGGUUCUUAUAUAGGAGGAUCCAACUGGGUUCUCUCACUUUCUUCUUCCACCUUCAUCGUCUUCUUCUUCCUCUUCCUCCUCUCAAAAUGUCGAAAGAGAAGAGCGAGAGAGCGUUACAGAUGGCCUCCGGGAACCAGAGGAUGGCCGGUCAUCGGAAACAGCUUCGCUUGGCUCAACGCCGUCUCCAGCUCUCAUCCUUCCAGCUUUGUCGAGCAACAGAUCAAAAGGUUCGGGAGGAUAUUUUCGUGUAGUCUGUUCGGGAAAUGGGCGAUAGUAUCAGCAGAUCCGGCGUUUAACAGGUUCAUAAUGCAGAACGAAGGCAAACUGUUUCAGUCAAGCUAUCCCAAGUCUUUCAGGGACUUGGUCGGUAAAAAUGGCGUGAUCACGGUUCACGGCGAGCAGCAAAGGCGAUUGCACUCGAUCGCGUCGAACAUGACGCGGCAAGAUCAGCUCAGGUUCCAUUUCGUGAACGAUAUCAAUACCGUUAUGCUUCAGACGCUGAGUAAUUUCCAGGACGGAGAAGUUGUUCUUCUCCAAGACGUAUGCAGAAAGGUCGCGAUCCACCUUAUGGUUAACCAACUUCUCGGAGUGUCAAGCCAAUCAGAAGUCGAUGAAAUGGCUCGGCUUUUCUCAGAUUUCGUCGACGGCUGCCUCUCCGUGCCUGUCAACUUACCCGGCUUCACAUACUACAGAGCGAUGAAGGUGAAAUUAAAACCCGAAUCAUCUACGCUACCCAAUUCACGGUCGAUUUCGUUUUCGGAAUGUGCUGAUUUACGUUUUUAUCAGGCGCGGAAGGAUAUCAUACACAAGAUAAACGAUACGAUAGAGAGGCGGGUACAGAACGAAGCAGGGGAAGCCGGAAAUGGCUUUCUUGGCAGAUUACUCGAAGAAGAAAACUUACCGAACGAAGUGAUCGCGGAUUUCAUCAUCAACCUUCUCUUCGCCGGGAACGAAACGACCGCGAAAACGAUGCUUUUCGCUGUUUACUUCCUCACUCACUGUCCCAAAGCCAUGAACCAGCUUCUGGAAGAACACGAGAGGCUUUCGGGUAACUCGGGACACAACGGAAGCCUAACAUGGCAAGAUUACAAGACAAUGGAUUUCACUCAGUGUGUAAUCGAUGAAACCCUCAGGCUCGGGGGAAUCGCAAUCUGGUUAAUGAGGGAGACGAAAGAAGACGUAACCUAUCAAGAUUACGUGAUCCCUAAGGGAUGUUUUGUCGUUCCGUUCCUCUCGGCCAUUCACUUAGACGAAAGCUUUUACAAAGAAAGCUUGUCCUUCCAUCCAUGGCGGUGGCUUGACCCCGAAACUCAGAAAAAGAGGAACUGGAGAACGAGUCCGUUCUACUGUCCUUUCGGGGGAGGGGCUCGGUUUUGUCCGGGAGCGGAACUAGCUCGCCUUCAGAUCGCUCUGUUCUUGCAUUAUUUCACCAUGACAUACAGGUGGACACAGCUCAAGGAAGAUCAAGUUUCGUUCUUCCCCUCGGCUCGUCUAGUUAAUGGUUUUGAGAUCCGCUUGAGCAGACGGCGGAACGGUUCUUAGGAUCAUUGGAACAAGAGUUUCCAGUUUUCUGUAAAUCUCUGUGUUCACUGCAACAGCUAAACGAUUCUUGUGGUUCCUGAUGUUAAUGAUAAAGUUUAACCCUU